AUGCGCACGGGGGCCGUCGUCGCGGCCUGCAGGAGGAGACUCGGCCGGGGCCUGCUGUCCGGGGGCGGCCCGGCGCGGCGGACACCGGAGAGGAGCCGCUGCGGAGGGCCGCCCGGGGGCAGCGAGCCGACGGAGGCCCCCGAGUCCGGGCCGGGCGCCGACGCGCUGCUCGAGAUCUGCCGGCGGCGGCACUUCCUCGGCGGCCCGCUGGGCCCGGGCCUGGGCCUGAGCCGCGCCUCGCUGCUGAGCGGCCGCCACCCCGGCUGCGGCCCGCUGGGCGUGGGGCUGCGCCGGAACCUGGCGGCCGAGUGGUGGUCGUCGGUGGUGGCCUCCCGGGAGCAGGUGUUCCCCGUGGCCGCCCCCCACCACGGCCCGGGCCCCGGCCCCGGCCCCCCACGGCCCGGCGAGCGCGCCUUCAGGGUCGUCUCCGCGGCGUCUCUGCGCGCAGUCUUGCGCGACCGAGCCCUGAGUCGGGAGCAGCUCGUGGCCGUGCUCGAGGACUUGGUAGCCACUUCGGGCGAGCUCCGGGACAGCCUCCUGCACGGUGCCUUAGAACAUUAUGUCAAUUGCCUAGAUCUGGUAAACAAGAAACUCCCUUAUGGCCUUGCCCAGAUUGGAGUGUGUUUUCGUCCUGUUUCUGAUACCAACUCAGCACCUGAGGGUGAUAACAGAAUUGGUGAGACAACAGAAGCUUCCCUGGUGUGGUUUACCUCAGCAAGAACUGCAAACCAGUGGCUUGAUUUCUGGUUACGGCAUCGACUCCUGUGGUGGAGAAAGUUUGCCAUGAGUCCAUCCAACUUCAGCAGCAGUGAUUGUGAGGAUGAAGAAGGACGGAAAGGAAACAAACUCUACUACAGUUUUCCCUGGGGGAAGGAGCCAAUAGAAACCAUGUGGAACCUGGGGGAUCAGGAGCUUUUACGCAUGUAUCCCGGAAAUGUUUCGAAAUUACAUGGUCGAGACGGACGGAAAAAUAUCAUUCCUUCUGUUUUAUCCAUAAGUGGAGAUCUGGACCGAGGGAUGUUGGCUUACCUCUAUGAUUCUUCCCAGCAAACCAACGUCUCAUUUACAAGAAAGAAGACUCUUCAUAGAAAGGUACUUAAGCUUCACCCUUCUUUGGCUCCUAUCAAGGUAGCAGUGGAUAUGGGAAGAGGCCCCAUGGCAGAACUCCGACAGGUUUGCCAAGGACUGUUUAAAGAAUUACAAGAAAAUGGUAUUUCUGUGUGGCCUGGUUAUUUGGAAACUGUUCAUUCCUCAAUGGAACAAAUUUAUUCAAAAUAUGACGAAAUGAGUAUCCUCUUCACAAUUUUGAUCACUGACACGACUUUGGAGAAUGGACUAAUAAAUGUGAGAAGUAGAGACACUACCAUGAAGGAAAUGAUGCAUAUUUCCAAAGUAAAAGACUUUUUAGUCAAAUAUAUAUCAUCAGCUAAGAAUGUAUAGAAUUUACUUUGUAUAAUAAAUACCCUCCUUUUGUA